AUGGAUUCUAAAAGUGAUAUGAAAUAAAUGUUAAACAAAUUCAAUACUUACAAAACAAGCAACCCUUCAUAUAUAUCUAAUAGAAAUGAUAACUUAAAAAUCAAUUAACAAUAAUAAUAGUAAUAGCAAUUACCCAUUCAUUAAAAUUAAAUGUAACCAUAACCUUAAAAAAUUGUGUCAUAAACUGAUUAUGAAAAGUUAAAGAAAGUAUUUUAACUAAAUAAUUUUAGGAAAAUGAUCUACUCAGAUCUGAAUUAUUUAUAACAAAAGAAUAACUCAAAAAUCUUACAGAAGAUUAUUAAAAACUUUAGUAGAAAUAUCAUUAAGUAUAACAUUAAGUUAAAUAACCAUCUGAUGAAUUUUUGAUUGCUAAGAUGUAAAGACAAUUAAGACAUUAAUAAUACUAAGAAUUUAUGUAAGAGGCAAUGAUGCCUUAAAAAUAGUUUUAAACAGAUGGAAUGACUUACGAAGAAUUAUUAGAAUUACAAAAUCAAAUAGGACAUGUCUCUCGUGGAUUAACGAAAGAGUAAAUAAAGAAAAUACCAAAAAAAAUAGUGUAUAACAAAUAAAAGGAUGUGUAUUCAAAAAUUCUAAAUAUUUAGAUGUUCUAUAUGUUAGAAUGAUAUUGUAAAAUUUGAAAAAAUUAGAGAACUAAAAUGCAAACAUUUUUAUCAUUCCAAAUGCAUUAAAAAAUGGUUGAUAAAUGAAAAGAAAUGUCCUAUUUGUUAAAUUGAAGUAUGA